AUGAUGAUGGUGGUGGUGGUGGUGGUGGUGAUGGUGAUGACAGUGAUGGAGAUGGUGGAAAGGAUAACAAUAGCAGAGGUGGCCGAGCCUUAUGGGCGACCUUUGCAGAACCCCGUGCUGUCUCCUCCCACCUGUUUCUCAGGGGCGGAGCCGCUGCCUUGGUGGUGCCGCCUCCCCACAUCCUCCCCUUCCUCCCUGCACCCUGGGAUGGCACCUGCCUCCCAGAGACCUGCUGCUGUGGCUGACAGCCUGCCCGCCUGUUCCUCCCUGGGGUGUCUGGCAGCCCCAGCCCUCUGCCUUAGGAGCAGCAUGCUGUGUCGCUGGGGUGUCCCUCUGUUCCUGCUGAUGCUCCAGGCUGUGCCCUGCCUCCUUAGCAGCCUUCGAACUCAGCAUGAGGAAUUUUCAGACUGGUCGUGCCCAGACCUCACCUGCCAUACAGAUUACCUCCAGAUGAUCACCUGCACCCUGGACACAGGGACCUUCCGCCCAGCCUUGCUCAACCUCACCUGGGAAGACCCAUAUGAAGAAUUCAAGGACAUGUCCACAUCCUGCAGCCUCCAAGAGGCCGCCCACAAUGCCACACAUACCCAGUACCUGUGCCGCAUGGACCUGACACACUUCAUGGCCGACGACACUUUCAUUGUCAACAUGACGGACCCAUGGGGCCUCCACACACAUGAGUGCGGCAGCUUUGUUCUGGCUUUGAACACCAAGCCAUCUCCCCCGUUGAACGUGACUGUGACUUCCUCCAGCAGCUACAACAUCUCCUGGAGCUGCAUCUAUGACUCAGUGCCCCUACUCACCCCCCUCAGGAACUGGCUGCAGUUCGAGCUGCAGUACAGGAUACCUGGGGCCCCUGAGGGCCCCAAGAGGAAGCUGGUGUCUGUGGACGUGAGAAGUGUCUCCCUCUUGCCCCUGGAGUUCCACCCCAGCUCCAGUUAUGAGCUGCAGGUGCGGGCGGCGCCCCUGCCUGGCUCAAACUUCGCUGGGACCUGGAGCGACUGGAGUGAACCAGUCCUGUUUCACACGCAGCCAGCAGUGCUCCCUGCAGACUCGCAGGAAUACAGGCUCUUCUAUCUGCUCAUCCUGCUCACAGUCCUGGUCCUCUUAGGCCUGAAGUUUGGCCUGAUGAGGCCAUGGAGGAAGAUGUACAGCUCCGUGCCCAGCCCUGAAUGGUUCUUCCAAGCCCUGUACACAGGCCACGGUGGAGACUUCAAGAAAUGGGUGGGCACACCUUUCACUGCCUCUAGCCUGGAGCUGGAAUCCUGGAGCCCAGGGAUGCCCUCAACCUUGGAGUCCUACAGCGCAUGCCCACCCUGGAGUGCCCCCAAGGCCAAGGAGCUGGAGGAGAUGGAUGCAACCCCCAAGUGGGGAUCCUGGGACCCAGAGGCUGUCAGCACAGGUGGCUGGGCCUACAGCCCUGAACGGGACCGACCCUAUGGCCUGGUGUCCAUCGACACAGUGAUGGUAGUGGGUACAGAUGAGCCCUGGGCCUGCACCUGUGAGGACAAUUGUUACCCUGCCAUGAGCCUGGACCCAGGGCCCUCGCACUCUCUUGUGGGCACUGAUGCCACCAUCCUGGCCUGUGGCUGUGUCUCAGCCGGGGCGCCCCCGGACAGCCUUCUGAGCUGCCUCAAGGUGCCACUGCCAGAUGAAGCGGGCUGGGCUCUGGGACCACCCUGGGAGGAUGAGGCAUCCCCAGGGCCCCAGGACAGUGACCCAGGCUCCCCGCUGGCUGGCCUGGAUCUGGAUACCUAUGACAGUGGCUUUGCCAGCUCAGGCUGCGGCAGCCCCGUGGACUGUGCCUUCACCGGCCCCAGUGCCCAAGAGCCUCCCCGCAGCUACCUCCGCCAGUGGAUGGUCCUGGACCCUGCAUCCAGUGAGUGA